UCGAAACCUUUUGUACUAAACAGAAAUUUUAAACUUUUAGUUUUCUUGUUUAUUCCAUAAAUUAAUAUAACGUGACGUAGAUUCAGAAUUUGACAGGGAGAAUCUACAAGCGCUCGCGUGACAAAAAAAAGCAAACGGCGUAUGCGCAUGCAAAGUGCAAAACAAUCAGGCCGGCGGCGUCGCCGGCGAUAUCGAGCCGACAUGUUGUGUCGGGCUGUGCUCACGGCGGUCGCCAUCUCAUGUACGUUCCCUCCUGCAGUUAUCGGUCAGGGCUCACCGCGCAAAGUCCAGAUAAAAGAUCUGAUAUGCGUUCUGUGGCUGAGCGGAAUGCAAAGGGAGGACUUGGACGUAAACAUGCUGAGGAAGUUGCAGCGCCACAAUGUAAACAUCGAUGAUAUGGACCGCGAAAGCUUGAAACGACAGUGUCUUGACUUUCAAUCUAAUAAAGAUAAUGGUACGAGAAAAGUUAAUACUAAGGAUGAUGAAGUGAAAAACAAAACAACUACAGUUAAGUUGGACAUUAUUAGUUUAGUUGUUAAAUAA